AUGGUCAAGAUACGUGCCAAGAAAGGGUCUUUAUCGGCCGGUUUGGACAAUAAAAUCGCAGAUUUGGUGGAACGCAUGUUGGAGGAGAAAUCACUUGGGAAGAAGAAAGAGAAAGAGGCACGGAAGAGAGAGCCUAGCAACGAGGAUGAUGAAGGUAAUACAGUUUUAGAUGAAUAUGAGGACGAGUUUGAUGAAAUUUUUUUAGCUAGAGACUUGGAUUUUAGAGAAGUGAUUACAUUCGUCAAAUCCAAAGAUCUCUCAAUGCAACGCGUUAAAAAAGUGCCUUUGGAAAAAACUAUCGAAAAGGUUCUUCAACAGAUAGUGGACGAGGAAAAAGAACAAUUUGCAGCAUAUUUUGCCGCCCAGAAAGAAUCUGAAGAGGCCUCUAAGUCAGAUAUCGAUGAUCUUAGCGAAAAAAAUCUGAUGGCUUAUCCGGUAUCCAACGCGAUGAACAAGAGUAUUACAGACCAGUGGGACACGGCAAAGAGAACUGGGGACUCUGAGAACGCUCGUGGAGAGAGCCCUCAAGAUUCUGACAAAAAAUCCCGGAAAAGAGGUAAAGAUUCCACUGCAAGGCCCAAAAGACAAAAGACACAAGAAGACAGGAGUCCUCCACAAAUAGGCCUUUCAUCACUAGGUGGGAUGGAUGACGUUGUUGCGCAACUCAUGGAGCUGAUAGGCCUACCGAUUUUACAUCCAGAAAUUUUCGCCUCCACAGGAGUGGAACCUCCACGGGGAGUGUUACUUCAUGGUCCACCUGGUUGUGGUAAAACUUCGAUUGCUAAUGCCCUGGCAGGUGAGUUACAAGUCCCUUUCAUUUCGAUAUCGGCUCCGUCGGUGGUCAGCGGAAUGUCUGGCGAAAGUGAGAAAAAAAUCAGAGAUUUGUUCGAAGAGGCCAAAAGUCUAGCUCCCUGUCUAGUGUUUUUCGAUGAAAUCGACGCCAUCACUCCCAAGCGUGAUGGAGGAGCACAGCGUGAAAUGGAGCGGAGAAUAGUGGCUCAACUGCUAACAUCAAUGGAUGAGAUGUCAUUCGAAAAGACCGGCGGAAAGCCCGUAAUUUUCAUCGGUGCGACAAAUAGACCAGACUCUUUGGAUGCAGCCUUGAGACGUGCUGGAAGGUUUGAUCGAGAGAUUUGUUUAAAUGUGCCAAACGAAAUAUCUCGUCUGCACAUUCUUAAGAAAAUGUCUUCAAGUUUGAAGAUCGACGGGGAUAUCGAUUAUCUAAAACUAGCAAAACUGACUCCAGGUUUUGUUGGAGCAGAUUUGAAGGCGUUGACAACGGCAGCUGGAACUUGUGCAAUCAAGCGUAUUUUCCAGUCCUACGCAUUGAUAUCUCCCGGGUCGGAUAUGGACAUUGACGGCCCCGAGUUAAGCGGUCUAGAGCAGAAAAACACUGUGAGCAUGAUUGAUCCUCUCCCACUAUCAACUGUGCAAAGGUUUAUCCAGAAUUUCCCUGAGCCAUUGUCACCCGAACAAUUGGACACGUUAUCCAUAAAAUACGAGGAUUUUCUCAAAGCUCUACCUACCAUCCAACCGACGGCAAAGAGAGAAGGCUUUGCCACCGUACCAGACGUCAGUUGGUCUAACAUUGGAGCUUUGAACAAAAUCAGAAUUGAGCUCAAUAUGGCCAUUGUUCAACCCAUCAAAAGGCCGGAAUUGUAUGAAAAAGUUGGUAUUAGUGCCCCGGCUGGCGUGCUUUUGUGGGGCCCCCCUGGUUGCGGGAAAACUUUACUAGCCAAGGCCGUGGCGAAUGAAUCACGGGCAAAUUUCAUUUCGAUAAAGGGUCCUGAGCUGCUAAACAAAUAUGUCGGGGAGUCAGAGAGAUCUAUACGUCAAGUUUUCAAUAGGGCGCGAGCCUCUAUUCCAUGUAUUAUUUUUUUUGACGAGCUGGAUGCUCUCGUCCCAAGAAGAGAUACUUCCCUCUCCGAAUCCUCUUCUCGCGUCGUAAACACAUUACUCACCGAGCUUGAUGGUUUAAAUGAUAGAAGGGGAAUCUUUGUUAUUGGUGCCACUAAUAGACCGGACAUGAUCGAUUCUGCCAUGCUGAGACCUGGCAGAUUAGACAAAACCCUUUUCAUAGAGCUGCCUAAUUUUGAAGAGAAGGUUGAUAUCAUCAAAGCGUUGACAAGGAGUAAUGGCACUCCUUUGGCUCCUGACGUCAACCUUGAGAAGGUAGUAGCAAGCGAGACUUGCAAAAACUUUUCAGGUGCUGAUCUGGCUGCCCUUGUCAGAGAAAGUUCUGUUUUAGCUUUGAAAAGAAGCUUUUUCAAGAUGGAUGAGAUCCAAUCUGUCUCCGAAAAUAACCUAGACAAAGAGUUUGAAGACCUGAGCACUUCAUCCACAAGUGAUGUUCUUGUCACCAUGAGAGACUUUGGCUCAGCUAUGAGAAAGGUAAAGCCAUCGGUUAGUGAUAGAGAACGACUGCGCUAUGACAAACUUAACAAAAAACUUGGAUGGGUCGAUCGGGAUGAAUCGGCCGAUGAAGUGGGUAGUACUUAA